AUGUAUGUGGCGGAUGAAUCUAAUUAUGUUGUAUGGAAAGUAUUGAAUAAUACAACAACUCCGAUUCUAGUAGCUGGACAAUUGACAUCAGCUGGUUCUAGUGCCAGUCAAUUAUAUAAUCCUCAAGAUGUUUAUAUUGAUUCAAAUAACAACAUGUAUGUCAGCGAUUGUUUAAAUCAUCGAGUACAAAAAUAUGUAAAUGGAUCAACUAUUGGAACGACAUUUGCCGGACUAAGUGCAUCAUCUGGUGCAGCAUUAAAUCAAUUGAGUUACCCUCGACAUUUUUCGGUUGACCCAACACAAACAUAUAUGUAUAUUGCAGACGAUAAUAAUAAUCGAGUUAUGCGUUAUCCAAUGAAUUCAACAACAGGUACUAACGGACAGGUUGUUGCUGGAGGUGCUGGAGCUGGAAAUACGAAUACACAAUUGGAUAACCCUUGGGGAAUUUACUAUUUACCAACAGUAAGUAAUUAUAUGUAUAUAACCAAUGCUGCUGGUCAUUCAGUGAUGCGAUGGGUACCAGGUGCUUCGUCUGGUGAGUUUAUUGCUGGUACGCCAGGUGCAUCAGGAUCCAACGCAACAACUUUAAACACUCCCUUAGGUAUAAAACUUGAUUCUUAUCUUAAUAUGUUUGUUGUUGAUUAUUUAAACCAUCGUAUUCAAAUGUUUUGUCAAAACAAUCAAACUGGUAUAACGAUUAUCGGUAAUGGUACUGCCGGUAAUAGUGCAGCACAGUUGAACUCACCAAGAGGUCUCGCAUUCGAUUCAUCGAUGAACUUGUAUGUUAGUGAUGGGACAAACCAUCGUGUUCAGAAAUACUUGAAACUGUAAAGUGUAUCGAUAAUGCA